AUGUUUCGAUACUAUCAUGCCGUCGCGUCUAUGCUAGCAGUUUCCCUCGCAAAUGUCGUCUUCAAUAUACCAGACAGUACGCCAGGUGGCACUGAUACCCUAACAUCUGGCGUGGAUAUAGUUGAGAUCCGGUGGCCCGAACAUCUAGUCUUCUCUCCUCCUGCUACUACAACAUACGGCGACCUUUAUCUUAUAACCAAAGAAGAUGAGCGCAUGGUUGCGCGGAUAAAGGAGGCCGUGGUUUUUGUUGGACUAAAUGAGUCGUUUACGUAUACGCUUCCACCCAGCAAUGAAAGUCAGGCUCUCAUGUUUUGCAUCAUAGCGACGAGCAAACCAGGCACAUCCAUAUAUAAUGCAACCGAGUCGCGGGCACUUAGUCGAAGCUUUAUAGCCAACCCAUCACCGUCCUCUUUGGAUCCAACGACACCGAAUUCGACCACAAGUACACCGCAGUCAUCAGCGUCGCAUGCACAUGCACCGAUACCGACGAACUAUGGAUAUACCAAACUAUCUCACGCGGAGAUCGCAAUGAUAACCCUCUCUAGUCUGCUGAUAAUCGUUCUGAUUGUAAUGGGUAUCAUUGUUCUUGACAAGAAGAAGCGAGGAGGACCAAGCAAAAAACGUGCUGUCAUAGAGAUUGCCGGUACUCCGGUGCCACAUAAACAUGGAAACGACGAUGAAUCCGAGCUUCCUGCAAGAUUGACACGGCAGGGGUUUUAG